CACCUAUCUGGAUACUUUUUACCUACAUUUAUUCUUUCACCAUGGGCCUGUUGAAAGGGUGGAAGAGUAGAGGAGUUGUGACACUGAUUAUAGUGCUUGUUAUGGUCAACAAAAGCACAGGAGCAACUUGCGAACUGUCCUCUGGUCCUCAGUGCUUCAGAAGAAACUCAGAGGAGAGUAAUGAAAGUUAUAGAUGCGAAUGGAGUUCCUCUGAAACCAUGAAGAAUGCAACCUAUACGCUUACCAUACAGUGAGGAGAUCCAUUAGGAGAUCCAUUUAAGCAUAUCAAACAUAACUAUAAAGAAGUCCCUGGUGAAUCCGUAAUCACAAAACGUGAAGUGGGAAUAUGGGUAGAGGCUCAUUUGGAAGGCCAGAGGUGUGAAUCACCCAAAACCAUUGCUGUACUUAAUGAGACAGUAAAAUAUCUACCUCCCAAGAACGUGAGAAUGGAAUGGUCCUCAAACUCAAAAAACGUCACACUCAAAUGGAAUGGAGAAAAGAGCAAAGCGGUUAUAAUAGAUGUCCAGUUCAGAAUAAUGGACGAUCCUUUGCCAGCAUGGGAGAAUAAAACGAUAGAGACCAAUUCUUCAAAUGACAUGAAAGUCAAGGUCACCCUGGACAAUCUUACCCAUCAGUCAGCAUACCAGGUGCGAAUCAGACAGAAGCCCAAUUAUGUUAAAACUCCAUUGUGGAGCGACUGGACUCCUCUUCUGGAUGUCCCUUCUGAAAUAAAAAAUCCACCUGAAGUCAACUGGACAGAGCAGGACAACAAUGGAUCAAGAUUACUAAAGCUAACAUGGGAUGCAAAUCAGUACUCUCCUUCUGCUGGAACAGUGACUUAUAAUUUGUCUAUCCAUGACUGGCCUUGCCAGAAGAAGGAGAAUCACAUUAAUCACAUUAAUGCCUCUGAGUUUACAACUACUGUGACCUACUCUGCUGUCGAAGUUUCGAUUUUUGCUUUCAAUAUCAUGGGGAGAACACCUUCAACAACUCUCCUAGUCCCAGCCAUACAUAAGAAAACAUGUUCUGAUAACAAACCUACCAAACCAGAGACCAGAGGGUUUAGUAAGGCUUGUCUGGAGUGGUACAAGCUAACAGAUGGAGAAACAAGACCAGAACUUGUGAACAUCGUAAAAUCAACUCAGACACUUCAGGAAAUCACAGAAGAGAUGGAAGACUAUGUUCGCUACUAUUACUUUAGACACAGCUGUCAUAAGAAGAAGCCACAAACCACUGCAUGGUGUACCAUUUAUAAAAAAGAGGGUGCCCCAACUAAGGCACCACAGGAAUUCAGUGCUGUUGAUGUAACACACAAUUCUGCUGUGCUAAAUUGGAAACCUAUUCCUGUGCCAGACCUGCAAGGCUUCUUAAUACACUAUGAAAUCUGUAUCACAGCAAACAUCAAUAAAACAGAUUGCAAAAUUGUUUUAGAAUCACACACUGAGCACACUCUUGAGAAUCUGACUCCUGAGUCCAGUUAUAACAUCAGUGUUGCUGGAGUGACAAUCAUUGGGUCAGGACCCAAAGCCAAUGUUGGUUUCAAGACUGGGUCUGAUCCUUUUACUGUCUGGAGGAUAGUUUUUUGCAUGAUUCCUGUCCUUAUCGCCACAAUAAUGGUCUCAUUUCUUGCCAACAGACUUAAAAGAAAGUUUUGGUCAUUAGUACCUGCUCCAGUACUGAGGAAAGAUGGCUAUGAAGAAAAGAGACAGAACUUGUGGGAGGUGACAGAGGAGGUGGAUGAAGUCAGCCUUCAAAAGUGGAAUCCACACGACCCCCAGAUCCCCAACCAGGAGAAGCUCACUAUACUGGAUGUGUGUGAGAUAGAUGAGGGUGAAGAUGACGGUGAAGAGGGCAGUCAGGGGGAACUGGGAACCCCAGAUGCCUGUGUACCUUUAAGCCCAGAUUAUAAAAGCCAAGUUCUAACCGAUUUGGGAGACCUUGAAACAACCGAUACCAACGAAGAAGAAAAUGACUGUGAGGCUGUCAUUCUGAUGUACAGAAAUUGUUUGGUUUUUGACAUGAAAGCAAUCUCCACCGAAGAUUUGGGGACUGCAUUGUCGACAUAGUGUGGCCACAGAAUGACUUCACUGUGGUCACAUGCUCAUUCCUCCAGAGUAUUCGCUUUAUUUUGGGGUAUUACAUUACAGAAUCUACACAAACAACAUGCAUGUAACUUUUAACCUAAUUCUAGGAUAUGGAAAAAAUUGUACUUCACAAUUUCACAGUAAAGCAUGCAUAUAAAUGCUUCACCUAUCUGUAGGAAUCUGUAACGUGUAAGAUGUAUUCAACUGCAGAAAAGGUUUUUGGGCUUGAGAGUUCAUACAGAACACCAAUAGACAGUGUCAAGUCAGAAAUAAGAGGAGUGAAACUGAUGAGUGAAACUGAGGUGUGUGCACAGCAGGAGACAGGAAAUGGCAGACCUAAAAAGUCAUACAAGCUUUUUUUUAAACACAGUAUUGCUUGAUCAUACAGAUGGAAAAUUGUAUGUAUUUCAUGUUGUCCUACUUCGAAGAAAUAGGCUGCUAAAGUAAUAUGCAAAUGACAUAACAGGGUUUUGGGCUUUCAUGACCUUUUACUUUCUAACUUUUCAAAUGUUGAUUAUUUGAACUAAGGUUACUUUCAAUUUGAAUAUAUAAGGUGACACCUCACCUCACAACAAGAAGAUCCUGUGCUGGGUUUCCUCUGCAAAAUAACUCCAACAGACAAACAUAAAGAAUAGGAUCGGUCUCCUGGCCAGGACCUGGGUGAGCACUUGAACUUGGGCCUCGGACAUCGUUGAUAUGGCUGCCCUCUGAGGAAAGAUAGCAGGUCGGGAGAAAAGCAAGGGAAAUAAUUUCUUCUGUGUACACU